AUGAUUUUCAAAAUUGACCUUCUCUCUCUCUCUCUCUCUCUCUCUCUGUCAUCCGUGAUUUAAUUAGAUCCUGACUCUUGCGAAGUGCCAACUAGAGACCGUCCCAAGGUAAAAGUCGAAAAGUGCACUACAAAAGAGGAAGGGGAAGGCGAACCCAAGAACCGAACCACCCCCCGCCGGCCGCACUGAGAGCGGCAGACACUGAGACACCAAAAAAACCAGUCGCAGUAGCAACCGGACGGCUAGAAUGGCCGCUUGACAUUGGGCAGCCGCCGAGAGAGAGAGAGAGAGAGAGAGAGAGAGAGAGAGAGCGUUGGUGAGAGAGUUAGUUCUAGAGAGAUGCAGAGGCGUAGGUGGAGGCCAUUGGCACUACUGAGGAGGCUGCUCACGUGCGCAAUCUGCGCAAUAGCGCUUGUGGCUCUACUCUCCGAGCACGUCCACGUUUUCCCUUCCUCCAAAGCCUCCAGCUUCCCUGAUUCCUACAAGUUCCCCACGCAACGUGAAUUCAAACAGAGAUUGGGCACAGAGCGAAGCUGGACACAAGAGCUCACUCCGCCCCAUUUGUCCAAAGCCCCUCUCUCUUCUCGCCAGUUGGGUCGUGCUAGUGGGAAUCCGGAGUGGUACAAGCUAUGGAAGCCUCCAUCAAAUCGUGAUUUUGUGCCAUGCGUAAAUCCUAGCUCUAAUUAUACACCUCCUGUAAAGUCGCGAGGUUACCUUCUGGUCCAUACAAAUGGUGGCCUCAACCAGAUGCGUGCUGGGAUGUGUGACAUGGUAGCUGUAGCUCGUAUCAUAAAUGCGACUCUGGUAAUUCCAGAACUUGAUAAGCGGUCAUUUUGGAAAGACAAUAGUAGCUUCGCAGAUGUUUUCGAUGAGGAUCAUUUUAUUAAUGCUCUGGCCAAUGAUGUAAAAGUUAUAAAAAAGCUUCCUAAGGAUCUGUCUCCGGCUACUAGAACGGUAAAGAAUUUUAGAAGCUGGUCUAGCAUGGAUUACUACCAGGAGGAGAUAGCUAGCAUGUGGGAAGAUUAUCAGGUUAUUCGUGCUGCCAAAUCUGAUUCUCGCUUAGCAAAUAACAAUUUACCCCCAGACAUCCAGAAAUUGCGCUGCCGUGCCUGUUAUGAAGCUCUCCGUUAUGCACCUCAAAUUGAAGCAAUGGGAAAAUUGUUGGUCAAUCGGAUGAGGUCUUCUGGUCCUUACAUUGCUCUGCAUUUACGGUAUGAGAAGGACAUGCUUGCCUUUAGUGGCUGCACACAUGGUCUGUCUCCAGAUGAAGCUGACGAACUAAGGAUGAUCAGGGAGAACACUGCACACUGGAAAAUAAAGGAGAUCGAUUCUGCAGAACAGAGAUCCAAAGGUUACUGCCCUUUAACUCCUAAGGAAGUUGGAAUUUUUCUCUCUGCUCUUGGAUACCCAUCAAAUACCUCAAUAUACAUUGCUGCGGGAGAGAUAUAUGGGGGUGAUUUGCAUAUGGUGGAUCUGCAAUCCCGCUAUCCCAUAUUAAUGAGCAAGGAAAAAUUGGCAUCUGUUGAGGAGCUUGAGCCUUUUAUGGAUCACGCCACUCAACUUGCUGCGCUUGACUUCAUUGUAUCUGUUGAAAGUGAUGUAUUUAUUCCAUCGUACUCCGGGAACAUGGCAAGGGCAGUUGAAGGUCAUCGUCGUUUUCUUGGGCAUAGGAAAACAAUAUCUCCCGACAGGAAAGCUCUUGUUCGUCUCUUUGACAAAAUUGAGCAGGGAACCGUGAAAGAAGGCAAAAAUUUAUCAAAUCGAAUUAUUGAAAUCCAUAAAAAACGGCAAGGGUCUCCAAGGAAGAGAAAAGGCCCCAUUUCAGGAACAAAGGGCAUGGAUAGGUUUCGUUCAGAAGAAGCCUUUUACGUAAACCCUUCACCGGAUUGUUUAUGUCGGAUUGAAUCACCAAAUAUAAACACCUCACACGUUAUCAGUUAGAUUAGAUAAUGCAGCAAAUUCCCCUUGAAAACGGUUGCUGUGUUGGUUGGGUGUUGGCAUAUUGCACUCUCCCACGUUAUUUUUUGAAGCAAUACAAGCUGGUUGUGCUGCUGCUGCCAUUAUACGCAUAGAGUUGCGUUGUGUAUAUCCUGAGUCUAAAGAAAGCUGGGGCGGAUGUAGGAAAUAGAUGAAGACGACAAUUGCGUUAAUAGUGCAGGGCAGUAAUGGGAUCACCAAGGACAGGGCCUUUCAUGCCAUUUUUAUGCUUGGAGUUGGCCUGGUUUCAAAGAGUUGAAUAGGCAAUUCAUCGGGGAUACGAUACUGUAUUUCUGCUUUCUUAGGAAUUUUUACACCUCUUGUAUGUAGGUAUUUCAUUCGUAGUUAUUGAAUGCAAUAAAAUCGAAAAAUCAGUUUUUUUCCUUUA